CCCCAUUUCCCUCGCCUCUCUUGGAUCUGCCUCUUUUGGAAACUCUCUCGCAAGAAGCGAAUCUUUUCGCACACAACUACCAAUGAAGAAAGAAAAAAAAGAUUGCAGGAAAAAGGGAAAAAGAAAAUAACACGAUCAAAAAGAAUAGGGAGGUUUUCUGUUUUGUUUUUUUUAAAAUGCUUCUUUAAAGAAAACUUGCUUUAUUUUUGGAGGCGGAAGGAAAAACCCGUCGCAAGAGGAAAAACCCUUCUGCUGCUCGCUCGGACCUCAUAGAAAGCAACCCUCCGGCUGGCUGGCUUGGGUUGUUGCAAAAACCAGAAGUGAACUCCUGGCCGACCCGGAAGAUUUGAACUGAGCUUUAUAAGCACUCGGCGGGGGGGGGGCGGGGAGGGAAGGAAAAAAAACCCCCAAGCUAUAGAGACUGAACUUCCCAAGAUCGCCCUGGUAGGGAGUGUUGUUCUUUUUUUUUUUUUGAGGGGGGGGAGUGUUGAAAAAAACCCCUCCUUUUUGCCCCCACUCCUGAUAAGACUUGAGUGGCUCUAUUAUUACCCGUCUUUAUCUCUAGAUAUCUAUACUCUCGCCUCAUGUCUAUUUGCAUUAAAAGCGCCCCACGUUUGCCAAAACCUCUGCAAUCGAAGGUGUGUAUUCUUCCGAUUACUGUACUGUGUUCUGUUAUUAUGGAGGAAAGGGCAGAGAGGCGGACGCGCUCUCCCAGGCCAGCUCCAAGCAAGGAUUGGCGAGGUUGGAGGCUGGUGGGGUUAAACUUGUGGAGUGGGGGGGGGGCUAGAUUGCAAAUGUUGCAGCUCAGUAGCAACGCCGCAUGCUUUUUUUCUCUCCUUCUUUGGCUUUCUGCAAAAUGCAUGUCAGUUUCAGGCUAAGAUUGCAAAGGGGGGGGAGAAUUGGGUGGGGGGAGAGGGUGCGUUUGCAAAUUCGAUGCGCGCAUUUGCAGCAGGUCUGCACCGGAGAUCGUGCGGGGGGGGGCACUGUCUUCCCGGUGUGUGUCCCCCCCACUUUCCCCGGUCGUCUCCUCCUCCUCCUUAUUCCGCCCCCCCCCCGACGUAACUAAAGGUUGGGCGGGUGGAGAUGGAGGAGGAGGAGGAGGAGGCGAGGAAGAGGAAGCGAAACGGGGGUGCCCAUUUUCUUCCUUUGCAGACGGAUCUCUGGCUUGGGUUGCAAUUUGCAAGCGGAGCAUGUGUAUUGGUAUAGGAAGUGUCUUUUUUUUUUUAAAUAAAUAAAAGCCGGGCUAUUCAAAAGAGGGAAAGAUUAUUAAGAAUAAUACGUUAAAAAAAUAAAUAAAACAAAACACCCCUUUUGGUGCAAAAAGACCUCCGGCCAACAAUGAUUUAAUGCAAAUAAAGGCGAGGGCAAAAAGGAGCUUAAUUUUUUUUUUUCCUCCCGUUUUCCCCCCCUCCGACUUUCUAGUUUUGCGGCUGCCUGAAUUUUUUUUUUCCUCCUCUCUUCUUCCCCUCUCGGAGUCCAGGCGAAGCUUCCGAUUUCUCCCUUUUUUGCAGAUCUGCAGAAUAUGGCGUCCCCGUUUCUGUUUUAAAAAUAAGCGAGGCUGCCAUUUUUGUUUCCCCUUUUGUCUGCAAAUUUUAAUAAUAAUAAUAAUAAAACUGUCUUGAGAGUGUUGGAGACGCAGCCCAGGGGGGAACCGGGGGCACCUGAAAAGGGGUGUUUUGCUUUGUUCUGGGGUUUUAUGCUUUUUGGGGAGGGGGGUUGGCGUUGUUGUAAUCUUGCUUUGCUUUUGUGUGUGUGAGUCUGGGAUGUUGCACUGUUGUUUUUGCUUCUUGCACUGUGAAUUGCGUGUCGAUUGCACUUUUAUUUAAGGGGAGAAGGGGGGAAAGAAAUGGCUGUUUGUUUAUUUAUUUUUUUAGAUCUGAAGUUAACUUAUGCGAAAGUUGGCUAUGAAAAUAUUGCAUAAAAAAGGACACCCCCUCUCUCCCAAGUGACUCGGAGUUGUACAGUUUUCUUUCCUUUUUCCCCCUUUUGGAAUAUUUACGGAGUGGGGGGUCGGUUGUAACUGAAUUUGUUGGUUCUUUUUUUUCUACAUGCCUUUUCUUUUAAUGGGGUAUUGUGCUCGCUUUCUUAAAACAGCUUUUGCAAAUGCCACGUUUGCUGAGGAAUAGUUUGGAAAUUAGCUGUUAGAAUUGGAAUGUGGUAUUUUCUCCUGGUGUGGAAUCUGCAGCUUAAAAAAAAUGUUGGAGAUCCUGUCUCUCUCUCCCCACCCCCCUACCCCACUUUUGCAGUUCGGUAGAGAAAGGUCUGUACAGUUUCAGAGAAACAUAAGCUUUUAUAUGUGUGUGCGUAUAUUUAUAUUUCAUGUUUCCAUGUGCAUUUGUCUCCCCGUAUAUGUGGUGUUUGGUCUAGACUUAAAUUUUAAGAUGUUUGGUGGCCGAAUCUUGUGUGAGCUCAUUUGCCAUUGGACUUAAGAAAGAAGAAGCAAUGUGUCCUAAGACAAGCAUGGAUUUAUUUUUGGACGGUAGUGGGGAGGUGGCGACAGUGGUUGGGAAAUGUGCUGGUUUUAAAAUUUUUAUUUAUUGCUCCUCCAGUGGAAUGGUGCACUGUGCAUGGAUCUGUGAGGCAUAACUCCACGUCCUUUUGUUCAGUUAUAAUUUUUGCAGUUUGCCUUUUGGAGACUUUCUGCCCAAAAUACCACAAUUUGACCCACCCACCCCCCAAAUGCCAGCUUGGGUUAGAUUGGAUUGGGUGGCUGAUCUUGAAGCGGGCCGGCAGAGAGGCCUUAGAAGAGGUGGACACAAGUUUUUGGGCCAUCCUGGGGCUGAGCUGGGCUGGACAUUGCUGAGAGAGGGGUUCAGACAGCCCUGGUGUGUGCAUGUAGUUGAUCCAUUUGGCAUCUUAAGACAUUGGUUGCUUUUGUCGGUGGCAGAGAAUAGGAACUUAGAAGGUCAGGUAAGACUCGGUGAUAGAGAUGAUGUGGUUUUGGCUCUUCCUCAAGCAAGGCCGACUAAUGUAGCUGUAUGAGUUUGCAAGCUUUCGGGUCACACAGAGCUCUUCUUGAUAAUACUGGACUCCUUACCCCAAGAGGAAUUGGCUUGGUAUUUCCUGUUCUGUGUUCAUUUGGCUGUGUUCAUAUUGCUGUUGUAUUUUGGGGAAGGGGGCUCCAUCACUGAGAACUGGGCCCUCCUUCAUGUUUAGGAGCUGUGGUUUCAGACCAUGUAUUCAUGAACAAAUACAGACCUGAUCCUUAAGUUAUGUGAUUAUGGGGAGAAGCCAGAAGAAUACCCCAGUAAUUCCCAAAGUGCCUACUGCAAGAGAACUGGUAAUGUGCUGUUUAAGAAUGAGAAUCUCCAGGGAGGAGGUUGCUCGUUGUGUCUCUGCAUUAUUUACAACUCAGGCCUUGCUUCCUGGGGAUGGGCAACUCUACAAAGUCUCAUAAUUUGGUGUGAGGGGAUCAUUCCCAGUGUAGACUGGAAACCAAAAUCACCAACACUCUAAAGGAGGCUGGCUGUUGCAUCUCUGCAUUGGUAACCACCUCAGGCUUCCAGUGAGGAGUCGCAUCCCAAACAGUGACUCAUGCAGAAGCACAGAAGUAGACUCCUGGGUUCGUAAUUCUUAGAAAAACUGGUUUUGGGGUGCGGGAAGAAUGAGGGCCUUAUGUAUCAAACAAUGCGUUCGUGAACAAAUUGGGCCUAAUCCUAGUUGUGGAUAUAUUUGUAGGGAAAUGAAUGAAGGACCUGAUGUUCAGUGCAACGCUUAAUUUUUCCACCAUUUACCGGUAUAACACUGGUAGAAAAGCCAAGAAAUGUUUGGUUUGCAUGCUGUGUACUUGCUGUUAUUUCUCUUGUUCCCAACUUGACCCAGAUGGGCUUCCUCAUGAAGACCCCCCCCCCCAAUUCUCUUUUCCCUCACAAAAAUGGUCCACGGGGCCAAACACACCCUCUGCCCUCCACAGAGUGACCAACAACCAAGGCUUUGAUGGAGCCUUUUGUCUUGCCUCUUGCUGGAAGAUUCUGUGGGAAAGGGCACUUGGUUCCCCUCCUCCAGCAGAGAGGCCUUGGCAAAGCGACUUAUUUUGAGGGAAAUGCUUCUUGUGCGUUCCCCUUCCUGGUGGGAGAUGCUUAGGACGGUUGAUGGUGUGAACUAAAACCGCCAGUCAAUGAGGGCAAAUGGAGUAAACGGCAGCGCAUUGCCACGCCGAAUACGGCCAUUAAACCGAACUCACGGGAGACAGGCUUGUGGGAAAGGGCGACUGGGUUGCGCAUGAGAGCAAGAGGUUCUUGCUCCCAGUUGAGGAAACAGCUCCAGCAUCAUUCUUGUACAGGAUGGUUGUUGUUGACCGAGUGCAUGUGGGCCAGCCGGAGACGUUUGUUCCUUUCAUUUAAACAUAAGAACAUGAGGAGAGCUCUAGUGGAUCAGGCCAGUGGCCCAUCUAGUCCAACAUCCACUUCAAACAGUGGCCACUCGGGUGCAGAAACCCACAAGCAGGUCCCAUGCACAAGCGCACUCUCCCCUCCUGUGGCUUCCAGCAACUGGUAGUCAGAAGCAUUACUGCCUCCAGCCAUGAAGAUAGCUGUUGUGGCUAGCAGCCAUUUCACCCUCUGGAGGAGGGGUGGUGGUCAUGGUUUAGGGCCCUUCGCCCACAUCUUGGCUGACCAGAACCUCGUUGGGGAUCUUGGUUGGGGGGGGGGAGAAACCAGUGUUCGAAAUUAGCCAGGUGCGUUUUGCCUCAGGCGCAGGUCCACUUGCGACCAUGUAGAGCUCUCGGGGGGGGGGGGCAGGUUGGUGACUGAGGAAAGCAAAAGGUCACUUAGAGAAGGAUCUGGAAUGUUUUCCUUGAAGCUUGGAUUUGUUUUACUCUGCAUUGUUUGAUUUGAAGGUGUUUUUGAGAGCUGUUCAUUAAAAUAUAAAGCGAUAUAGAAAUGAAAUUAAUAAUAAUAAUUAUAACAACAACCGCAAACAUCAAUGGAGAAAAAUGGUGCCUGGACAUUCUGUUGUGAUGACCGUAACCUAGGUUUAAGGUGCAUUUUGGCAAUUAGAUACUAUAUCUUGAGUUUUUAAAGCUGCAUGUGACAGUUGCAUGGUUCCCUUGCUGCUCGUACAAGGUGGAUCAGCAGAUGAUCUCCCUUUGAUCAUAUAUUUAGUGGAGCAGGAAUAGUGGGAAGAACUUAGCUCUGGGCUUUUUUUCCUCAGAGCGCUGGUGUCUGUUGGAGUGCCAGGGUUAACAGAUGAACCCUCCUGGUUCUGGCAAAUGGAUGAGAUGAUAAUGAGGCUUUCAAGUUUUACUACCGAUUAGUAUAGACCAGUCUGUGCCAGCCUUUGAAAAAUCUGGGGCCACGGUGCCCAUCAUCCCUGACCAAUUGGCCAUGCUGGCUGGUGGUGGCAGGAGUUCAACAAUAUAUGGUGGGAGCAAAGUGGAGGAGGCUGGUGUAGAGCGGGUGGAAGAAUAAGGAAAAUAAUGGAGGAGAUACUCAAAAGGUAGAGCAUCUGCUUUUUAUGCAGAAGCUCCUGGGUUCAGUCCCCAAAUGGCGUCCCUAAGUUGGGCUGUGAUUGUCGCCUGCCUCAAAUCCUGGAGAGCGACUGGAAAUUGGUGUAGACACUAAGCCAAGUGAACCAGUUGUCUGGCUCCGUAUAUACGCCGGUUCCCGUGCUCCUAAUUCAUGGUCGCAGUUUAAAUGGCAAGACCUUGGGAGAUGGUUUGCAUUUCUGUUUAGACGUUAAAGAGCGCAUAUUUAGCCUGGAGAAGACCGACAGGUGAUAUGAUGGUCAUCUUCAAAUCUCUGAAGGGCUGUCACAUCGAAAAUGGAGCAGUAUUGUUUUCUGCUGCUCCAGAGGGUGGGAACCAAACCAGUGGAUUCAAAUGAUGAGAAAGGAGAAUCUGACUAAACAUGAGGAAGAACUUUCUGGUGUGUUCAACAGCAGAACAGACUCCCUUGGAAAGUGGUGGACUCAUUUGAAGUUCUUAAGCCAAAGUUGGGUGACCUUCAGUCAGGGAUUCUUCAGCUGUGAUUCCUGCAUUGUAGGGGGUUGGCCUAGAUGACCCUUGUGGUUCCUUUCAGUGAUGUAGUUCCAACUUCCGGUGGGCUUGUGCUCAAAUGUGUCCUCCUACAAGUUAGAGCAACGUGGUCAGAAGUGAGCUCCUCUGAGUUCACAGAAGUUUCUCGGGUAACUGUGUAGCAUUGCAGUUGUGCUGCCUGGCUGAUCAAGGUUGUGAUCCCAGGUCCGCGUUUGUUUGCCCGCCUUGCUGAAGCCAAAUUCCAACAGGCUCACCUGUCGCCCAUCUAAUAUUCUAUGUCGCAGAUCCACACAGCCCUCUGCCUUGAUACACUCUCCUUGGAAGCGUAACUAUGGGCUGGUUUCAAAACGAACCACUUUGUUGCUUUUUGUGAAGUUUGAAGCUUGAGCCCCACUCCCAAUAUAUAGAGAUAAUAUUGUGAUGAUGAUGCUUAGAAGGGUUUGCAGCAUACUAGAGUUUUAGGUACAUGAAUGCCCUGUAAGGCUGGCUGGUAUUAUCCUCUCUGUAUUGCGGUUGGGGCUGAGGCUUAGAUGUUGGCUUGCUGUAGGCUGCCUCUUCUGUGGCUCACUGGCCAUUGCUGGCUGGGACUGAUUGGAGUUGGGAGUCCAGGGAGGCACAUUCAGGCUCCCCAUCCCUGGUGUACAGAUUCAGAAGCAGCUAAUUCUCAGUUGUAGAAUUAAGGAGCAGGAUUGGGAGCAGUUAAGAAGCUUAAGGACAACCUCUUUCCAUAUGAACCAAACCAGGUCUUGAACCCUCUUUCGUGUGGCUCUUCCAUGGGAGAUCGGGGGAGUGGCAACACGAGAAGGGGCCUUUUCAGUGGUGGCUCCUCAUUUGAGGAAUACUCUCCCUGGGGAGGCUCUUGUUGCAUAUCUUUAGGCAUCAGGCAAAAACUUUCCUCUUUAGCCAGGCCUUCGGUCUUCUCUGGCCUUUUAGAGUGUGGGAGAAUGUUUUUAAAUGUAUUUUUAAUGUAUUAAUUUAAUUAAUUGGUUUGUUUGUUUGUUUUGGUUUUAAUGUAUCUGUGGGGUUUUGUUUGUUUAUUUGGUUGGAAGUUGCUUUGAGUUGCCUUUGGCAACUCAAUUUAAUAAAUAAAUAAUCAACUCAAUUCAAUUAAUAAUAAACAAACAGUAAAUUAAUAAACAAUAAACAAAACAAUAAAUGAAUAACAAUAAUUGCAGGGUCAUAUUUCCAGCUCAAACGUUUAGUUAGCUGCAAGUUAUUCUGGCAUAAAUCAUACAGACCAGGGAAGAAUAGUUAAAUGUUGCUAGUCUCUAGUAUUUGAUAUUCAGCUACUCAGUUGUUUUUAGAAAAACCUCAAAGCAGUUAACAGAAAAGAUGAAAGAAUAAAAUUAUUACUUAAAAAAAAAACUGAUAGCAAUAAUUGAAGAUAUUCAAAAAGUUGAAAUAACAAGACUAAAAGCAGAUUUAAGACUCGCAUCAAUUUUCUCAACAUCUGAGUUAAGCACCCAUCUCCCACUCAGUAAAUCUUGCCACCCGUGCAUUAAAAUUUGGGGGGGAUAUAAGUUUGGGAACCCUGUUGUUUCCCUGCUAAUGGGUAGUUUCUCUUAAAAUAUUGGGUUUGGGGCUACAAGUGGCCCACUGUGCAGUUUCUGGUAGGCUCUGAGGCCUUCCUGGAAUUUUCCUGGCACGUGCUGAAGAGGCAAGCUGUUUUUCAGGGUUCGUUUCAAGACUUGGAAUGAAAAGAAACUGGGCUCUUCAGCGCUUCAUGUGGCAAAGUGACAUUUAAUUGGAAAGAUGAAGAAAUAGAUGGGGUGACAUGAGGAUAUUUGGGGUGCCAUAUAGUAGGAAGGAAAAAAGAGGGGGCCUUUCACAUCUCGUCUAUAAUGACCAUAAGUCAUUGUUCAAGCAAACCAAAUAUUUUUAUGACCCAUCUUAGUUUUAUGGUUGCAAGUUAUUUUGUGGUUGUGGUUUAACAAUCAGUUCUUCCCAGGAAACUCCAGGAAUUGUUCAAAGUGGGAUCCUCAUGCUUUAAAGGAAUGGUGUGGAUGUGACCUAAAGUUCCCCGAUUGCAGUGGGCCUACUUUGAGUUAUCGCAUCACCCAAAGUGCUUUGUACCCAGAGCAGAUUGAGUUUAUUUAGACACCUGGCAGAAAAAUCCCAGAAAUCCUGUCUCUGGCAGCAAUUAAUUAAUAAAAGGGCUAACUACUUGACAUCCCAGCCAAUUUGCCUGAGGCGGCCACCUCAGCAGCUGACACAGAGGUGGAGAGCCUGUGAGGGUUUCUUCCAGAUGUGGUAGGCCUCCAGCUGCCAUCAGCCCCAGAAAGCAGGACCAAAUGCUGGAGGUGAUAGGAGCUGGAGUGCUUCCGGUUCCUCAUCUUUGGCCUAGGGUGAGUUAACAGACGGAGUGGUUGCUUGGCAACCAAUUGAUGGGCUUCCCUAUCAAGCCCAAGUCACUGGAAGGGUUCAGGAGAGAGCACAGGAAGUCUCUAGGAAACAGCCCACAGGCUGCCUUUUGGUAUUCCCUGCGAACAUACAUUUUGCCACCUAGUGCCUCAGCAGCUAUUUUUACGCCAGGCUCGCCCACCUGUUCCUCAGCAGGGUAAACUGAGGUGGUUUGUGGGCCUUUCAGAGUAAUGGUGCCUAAUUCUGGUGCAUCAGAUAGACUGCUCCUGCUGGAAGCUUACAGUCACCAUGGAAAGUAGCCAUUGACAGCUUCCCCCCCCCCUUAAUUUCUCCAAAACCUACCUCCACUCCUUUGAAGCCACCUAAAUUGGUGACGCAGCUCAGGCAGCAAAUGCCAUUGUUUAACUACUUGAUCCAUUCGCUGGGAACUGCAAGGUUGGACUUUUGCAAUGCUGUCUGCUUGGCUCGGAAGCUGCAGCCAGGGCAAAAAGCAGCAGAUAGGUUGUUAAGCAAGCCAGCUUGCCAAGGACGUGUCACACCAGUUCUAAAGGAGUUCCACCUGGCUGCCAAUAUGCCACCAAACUCAAGGUGUGUGUGCUAAAAUUUAAAGCCCAGCACAGCUUAGAAUGUGGAUGCUUGCUUUAUUUAUUUGCAUUUAUUUAUUUUUAAAUAUAUGUUCCUUCUCUGGGGGAAGACCACCUGAAGCAUCGCAUCACAAUAAAGACAAGUAAAAAGAAAAAUUAGCGUGACUGAAACCAGGAAGGAAACCUAAGAAUAAAACAGAAGAAAAAUAAGAACAGACUCAGAACACAAAUAGCACCACCAUAUUCCAGCUUCAACCAGUCAGUGGGACAGAAUAUUAUUCAGGGGAAAGCCAAUGAAGGAAUUUCUGUAAAGCUUGGAGAGUAGCCUCCCAUUACAUCUCUACUGGGAGGGAGUUACAAAGGUGCAGCCUCAGAUGCGGUGGAAGCUGUGUGUGGCCUCCCUGGGAAGCCGGUUCCGCAGCUGUGGUGCCACCACCAAGAGAGCUCUGCUUGAACCCCACCUGGUUUUAAAUCAUGCAAAGCGGGGACACCAGCAGAUCUCAAAUAAUAGGAAGAUGCUGAUGGAUAGAGACAUUACUACAGGCAGGUUGGAUCUGUGCCAACAUCUGGAACUGGAGGCAGCUGUGCAGUUUGAGACCUUAAAAAUUACUCUCCCACUUGCCCAGACCUAUCUAUCUCAGUGAUUUGUAGCUAGAAGGAAAAGACCUGCUAGCUGGUUUAACAUUCCAGAUGUUGUAUUAGAUUCUAGGGGGCUCCUUGUGGACUAGGAUGAUAUGGUGCUGGUAAAGUAAAGCUUUGCUUCUGCUGGAAAAGAGGGAAAACCUUUCUAUCCUUAGAAGGAAUUUGUUUUGCAGGGUUUACGAUUUGGCAGUUUCCAUAACCUUGACAAACUUCAUUGAAUUGGUGAAAAUAGAUUCAUGCAACUUUGGAUCUCGAAUGGUAGAUUUUCUUGUGUUUGCAUUAUGCUCAUUCUCUCUUUGAGUUGUAUAUUCAAUAUAAUUUUAAGAAGAAAGGAAAGGCGAUAGUAGAAAACAGUUUUUGUGAGUUUCCUCUGCAUGGAGCCGAUUUUUACCAGGCCAGUGGCUAUUUGCGUGCCUGAUGCAGUGCAAAUGAUCCAGAAGCAGAGUCCAGAAUCCGGGCUUCACUUGCUCAGGACUGUAGCCCUGUGUGUGUUUAUUCUCCUCUUUGAAUGUUCAGGGUUCGUUUUCAUUAGUAACAACCCUACUAGCCAUAAAGGCUAAGCUAUGCAUUCACAGUCGGAGGCAGCGUGCCUCUGAAUACUGUACCAGUUUCUAGAAAUCACAGAUGGACAGAGUGCUGUUUCACUCAUGUCCAGCUUCCCAAAGGGCCAUCUGUAAGAACAGGAUGCUGGACUGGAUGGGCCAUUGGCCUGAUUGAGCAGGUUUACGGAAUACAGGAGGGGAGAGCGCUCUUGUGCUUGGGUGCAACUGCAGCACCUGUUUGUUGCAGAAAGAUUUCUGACAUGUUUUGAGGAUGCACAUUCUCUGUUGCGCUGGCUUUGGCAUUAUCCAAACUUAUGAAGAGCCUGCUGGAUCAGGCCAAUCCCUAUCCACUCUCUCCAUGCCACAUUUAAUUUUAUAAAUGUGUAUUAUUAUUAUUAUUAUUAUUAUUAUUAUUUUAUUCCCCACCCAUCUGACUGGGUUUCCCCAGCCACUCUGGUCCGCUUCCAACAGAACACUAAAAUACAAUAUCGUGCGGCCUCUCACUUGCCUUUUCUGUAACCUAAAAAGUCCCACGUGCUGCAUAAUUUCUUCACGGGGGAGUCGCUCCAUCUCUCUUUGAUGCUUUUGGUUACCCUAUUCUGACAUUGUAUGGGGGUGCCUCUGAGACCCCAUUGGCAGCCUGAUGAAUACACAUAAUAUAGCACGCUGGAACGUGGGUGAGCCAGUGAUAGUCCUACUCAGAGUAGACACGCUGAAAUGAAUGGACAUUCCUGCCCUAGGUUCAUUGAUUUCAGUGGGUGUAUUCUAAGUAGGAUUUGGUUGGAUACAGUCCAGGGCUGCCAUCCACAGCUAGGUUUGGCAGCAUUUGUAGUUCCAGGCCAAGGCUCAAUCUCUAGAGAUUGGCUCCCUUUUACAAGAGAGGUGACAGGAGAGCUUAAUUUGUUACUUAAUCCUUUUAGAAGCACCACCCCCCCACAGCAUUUCCUCUCCAGUUGCUCUCCAAUCUUGUACUUAGUCUUUUAAAAUUUUGAGCAAUAAUUUUUUCUGAUGCCCUGCCAUUCCAGGUGCCGGCUCCAAGUUUUAUUUACCGUAUUUUUUGCUCUAUAAGACGCACCAGACCACAAGACGCACCUAGUUUUGGGAGGAGGAAAACAAGAAAAAAAUAUUCUGCAUCUCAGAAGCCAGAACAGCAAGAGGGAUCGCUGCGCAGCGAAAGCAGCAAUCCCUCUUGCUGUUCUGGCUUCUGGGAUAGCUGCGCUGCCUGCAUUCGCUCCAUAAGACGCACACACAUUUCCCCUUACUUUUUAGGAGGGAAAAAGUGAGUCUUAUAGAGCAAAAAAUACAGUAUAUAUUGCGUUUAUAUCACCCCCUUUCUCUAAGCAGCUUGAAGUGGCAUACCCAGUUCUCCCUCCCCCACAAAAAAACUUCUUUGUCUUUAUCACAACAAUCCUGUGAGGUAACUUGGGCUGAGAGACAGUGACAGGGCUGAGAGACAGUGACAGUUGAGCUUCAUGGCUGAGUGGGGGAAUUUGAACCCUCCUCUGUCCCAGGUCUUAGUCCAUCACUCAGACCUCUAACCACUACACACAUUGCCUCUCUAAUUGGCACGACCCAACACUGUGUGCUCCUUCGCCAUUCAUUUUUUCUUCAUCAGUUCUGUACGCACAAGCACUAUUUUGAAUCAAGUCUUUUCCUGCAGUCAAAACACCUCAGUUACAAAACCAGAGAAAGGUGGUGCAAAUAGCCCGUACUGAGUGGUCCCGACUGGCAUUUCCCUCCACGAUUUGCUGCUCCCCAGGGCUUGAGAGGUAGACUGACUCUGGACUUGGAGGUUCCAUUGAGCUAUGUGGGGCUUACACGACCAGCCACAGCUCAAGAGCUCAGCUUGGUUCUCUCUCUCUCCAGGGGUGUGUUUGCCAGCGCAUCCCUUCCCAUCGGUGAACCUGCCAUUUCUGCGUGGGGGGAAAACAAAACAUCUUAUUUAUUUCUCUUUAUUUCAGCAAGGCGAGACAGAGGGGGCCUCAAAAGCAGAGCAGUCCCACAUGGGGCCCUAGCUUGUUUUAACAACAGUUGGGUAGGAGCUGGCGAAGGCCUGUGAAACCCCCAGGCCAGCCCUGGGCACUGGUGCUCGUACCUGCCUGCACCAGCGGGGGACCGUCUGCCGCCCGCCAGCCUGGAGCACCAUCUUCACGUCUCCUCGGGCAGCUGCGGCCACCGGGCUUCCGAGGCCAGCCUGUGAGUACGAACCACGGCGCUGCUAAUGUCUUCCCUUUUUGCAGGGCUGCAGCUGACCUGCCCUGGCUGCGUGAACCUUGAAACGGACCCCUCUCCCUGGUAUAACGGGGCCCCCAAAGCAGUCCUUCCUCUCAAUCCAGCCCAUGGGCCAAAUGUGGCCCUCCACGCCUCUUGAUCUGCCCCCCAGGACUCUCCCUGUGCCCUGCUUCAUGCCCUUCCAAAGUGCUUUUGCCUGGCAGGGACUCUGCUAAUGGCCUCCGUGCUUGCCUGGACAGAGAGAUGAGCUACGAAGAAACUUGCAGCUUUUUGCAUGGCUAAAAUGUAAGCAUUGCACGUGUUGUCUGGCCUGCUUUUGCCUUUGCCCACCCUGGCAUGUGGCCCCUGGCCUGGAAGAUUGCCCUUGUGGGCCGAAUAUACCUUCCUUAGUCCUGGCAGAUAUGCUGUUGCAUUGCCAGCUGAGACCAGGAGCUCACUUGUCCAGCAUUUCCACUACCCUGCAGAUCAUUUGGGUCUGCAGCUCCCAUUGUUCCUCACUGGUGGCCACACUGACAAGGGGCUGAUGGGAGCUGAGAUGCAGGACACCUGAAGGGGGAACCGAGAUUGGGAAUCCACUGGGAUUCUGUUUCCCGUGGUGGCAAAGCGAGGUGCCUUUCUAGGAGAUAUCAAGCAGAGUAGGAAGGGGAUGGUCUCUCCCCAAAGUAUCUUGGUACUCAAGAGAUAUAACUGCAUCAGAAUAUAGAACAUAGGUAGAUGUCUUUUGCGGAAGUCAGAUCACCGGUCCAUCCUAGCUCAAUAUGGUCCACACUGACUUGGCAAGUAGCUCUCCAAGGUGUUAGGCAGGAGGCAUUCUCAGAGCUUACCUAGAGAUGCUCUUGGGAACGGGACCUGGGGCCUUUUGUAGAUGCUCCAACAUUCAUCUACUGCCCUUCCUCUAAAGGACAUUUCCACAAAUUAGAGGUUAUGUGCAGUUAUUGUAGCUAGCAGAUGUUAGCAUGGAAGAUUAGAACUUGGGUAAGUGGCAGUCUCGUCCCCAGUUUGAGCCCUCCCACUUUUUAAAAAAAAAUAAUUAAAUUGUAGAUUAUUUUCCCAGCUGUUCUCACUUAUUGAUAUUCAACAAUACUACCCACCUUGCACAGAAGCACCAAAUGCCUGUUGAAUUACUUUUAACUUUCAGGUCAUUUCCAUUUUUAAACAAAGGCAUCGUUCCACAAGUUGCCAUGUCUCCUCAGAGGCCUGUAACCACGUUUUAUCGACAUUGCAUAUAAAAUAAAAGUAUGCAAGGUUUAUUGAAAAGUAGUUGCUUCCCGCCUGAUCGACUCUUUCAGACAUAGAUUGCCGGUUUGUCCAUCAGUAUUAAGCCUUAGAGUUGGGAGGUCAAGAUCUCAAACAGGUCUGCGUUUAGUCUCCCAGUACACGGCAGUAAAAAUUUUGGAUUAAUAUAGUAGAUCUGGGGUUGCCAAUACCAGGGAUUGAACCUGAGGGCUCUUGCAUGCAAUGCAGAUACUCUAAGCAUGGAGCACACAUUGCUUUGCAUUUGUGAAGUCACUCGGAGCUUUUGGGGGCUGAAGAGAUGGAUAGAAAUGAUUUACAUAAAUGAUCAGUAAUAAAAUUGUCGUACGGACACUUUUCAUUUUUGGAGUGGGAAACUCCCAAACUCAGUGCUGAAUUCCUUUGCCCCGAUAAAAAAUUCCUGCAGCACAAAGUGGGUGAGAGCAAUCAGCCCUAUGAGAGCAGGAGGGGCAUAGUAGCUGCCCAUGGGUGCUGGGCUUUGGUGCCAGGCCUGAUCAUAGUGCCUGAGCUAAAAUGGGUUUGUGUUGUGUCUUUCUUUAUGUGCGUAUAUAUCUGCUGACCUGACUGUGAGGCCCCUUGGCUGUAAGGGUCCUCAAGGCAGGACUUAACCAGAUGAUGGCUAGGUCUUGCUUGCUUCUGGUCAGAGGAUGCUGUAGAUCUUCCCCCCGCCCCCUGCCCCCAUCUCACUCUGUAGGUCUGCCAGUUCACAUGCUAUCUACCCCCUAAAUUAGGCUACUGAAAAAUAGUGGGUUUGGUGUAGAAGGUGAAACUUUCUUGAAAGGUUUUGAACUGGGAAAACAUUUCCGGAAAUGCUUUUUAUGCGAAUGACAGUAACUUGCAUUGGAUUACUAUUAUUCUUUCCAUUUUGCUGCAGAGAAUUUGGAAUUGGAAAGUUUUCCUGUGCAAAGGAGAGUAUUUUAUUUAUUUAUUUAUUAUUUAUUUUGCCUCGGAUAAAAUAGUAGAAUCCAUAGAUAACUUUGCAGCGAAAAUGUUUUGAUGCCCAGCCUUAGGCAGGGAUUGAAUUUAGCAGGUCUGGUUUGCUUGUGUUUAGUAAACAAAGCUACGGUAAAUGUGUUGAAACCGACAUGCUUGUCUAAUAUUAUAUUUGCAAUUGUUCCUAAUUGAGCUUAGAAAUUGGAAUUUUAAUGUAAACAGCUUAGAGGUUUCGAUGACCAAGCGGUAUAUAAAUCCAGCUAAAUAAAUAAACACAUAAAUGUUCCGUUUGGGGAACUUUUCCACUUUACAUCCCUUGAUGAAAGGACUUGUGAGCUUGGAUCACAAAUUCCUGCGCUGGGCACAUGCUCAGAGGCACCUUUAUUCCUUAGGCUACUUAGGGUUACCCUAUGUCCUCUUUUUCCGGGAUACGGCCUCUUUUUCAUGAGUGUGUAAAAUUAGAGUUGCCAUAGCGAUCCAUAGUUAAAAGUAGAAGUUGGCAAAUGUGUCCACUUUUUUGCUCUUCAAAAUAUGGCAGCAGUUUAUUAUUAUUUUUUCUACUUUGCUCUGGUCGCAAGCCCUCAAGAUUCUAGCAAAGAACAAAUCAGAGUCUGCAAGCCUGUAGUCUGCCCACAACCUCUGUCCUGGAAGAGUUAUUUUGCUAGCUAUAAAAGGACUAAAUUGAUGGUCUCUGGGAAGGCAAUUUGCAGGGUGUUUGAUGGGGUGACCUGGGCCCCCAGAAUCUGCUGUCCUUCUCCCAUAUAUUUUUUUUAAAAAAAACCUUUAAAGAAAUCUUUGUUUAAAGGGCAGCAGGAGUUUUCUUAGUUUUCCAGAACAAAUUAAAGUCGGGGGCCCAUAAUUCCUGUUGGCACUUCAUAGUAAGCCAUUGCAGCAAGAGACAGAAUUUGGGGGUGUCCCCACUCUCUUUGAAAGUUGGCCUAAAUUUGCAUAUCUCUCUCUCUCUCUCUCUCUCUCUCUGUGUGUGUGUAUAUAUAUAUAUAUAUAUAUAUAUAUAUAUAUAUAUAUAGACACAUAUACAUAUGUAUGUAUACAAUGAGCAUAUGCUACUUUUCUAAGAAUUUAUUUUCAGACUGGCACCUGCGGUGCUCUGCAGUUGGCAAGGUUGAACAGGGGCCGUGAAACCCCAGACUCAUUGCUAACUUUGAUUCCUUGCUGGGUGGGAUAUGUCCCAAAUGGCUCCUGCUACCCCGUAAUUUCUCUUUGAGUUGCUUUCCUGCAGUGUGGCAUCUUCCAUUUUGCCUCUCUGGCUAUGAACGCAUUGCAAUAAAAGGGUCUCUUGCUUUUUCCCAGUUUCAUCCCCUACUACUGUCCUUUGCCCCCCCCCUCAAACCUGUCUUUCUCAGCCUGGUACACCCCCCAGAUACUUUCGGGGCUGAUGGGAGUUGUAGUCAAAAGCAUCUGAAGAGCACGGGGCUCAUCUAGAUGCUUUCAGCCUGGGUUUUAAACAUGGAUUGGAACAGUAGAAGCCGCAUUUUACCUUCCAAACAAAAUACUGGUGGUGUUUGCGUUAUAAAGGGUCGUCGUCGAAAACUGUACUGUUGAGCAGGGACAAAAAUAGACCUUGUUGGCAUGGUUGCAUUUUUUUGGAGGGGUGGGCAACCCUAUUAUUUUAAGCGUUUUGUAAGCUCUCCGCACAUUUACAGCGUUUGGCCCCCAGACUAGCAGCAUCCUUCAGCCGUGGUUACUUAUUUUAUUUUAAAAGUUUGAGUCUGCCUAGCAACAGGCUUCCAUGGUAGAUGAUGACAUAGGCAUGCAACAGGGAUCUCCAGGCCAGCUUCAGAAGCGUAUCUGUGUGGUACUAGAUUGUCAUGUUCACACAUUGCAGUGUAAUUGUAUCCCACUUUAGAGAUAACCAGAUCAGGUUGCAGGAGAAAGAGGCGUAUUGGGUUUUUUUGACAUACUGUUGUCCCGCAAGGGUGGGAUGUGGCUAUUGGGUGCAUAAUUCAGCUCCUGGGAGCACUUGUUUUAUUUAUUUGGAAGGGAGUCAAAUGCUGGGAAAUUGGGGUUGUGUUUGCUAAACCACAGAGCCUAGGGCUUGCUUAUCAGAAGGUCGGCGGUUCGAAUCCCUGCGACGGGGUGAGCUCCCGUUGCUUGGUCCCUGCUCCUGCCCACCUAGCAGUUUGAAAGCACGUCAAAGUGCAAGUAGAUAAAUAGGUACUGCUCUGGCAGGAAGGUAAACGGCAUUUCCGUGCACUGCUCUGGUUCGCCAGAAGCAGCUUAGUCAUGCUGGCCACAUGACCCGGAAGCUGUACGCCGGCUCCCUCGGCCUAUAAAGCGAGAUGAGCACUGCAACCCCAAAGUCGGCCACGACUGGACCUAAUGGUCAUGGGUCCCUUUACCUUUACCUUUACCUUGCUAUUUACAAAGUCCUGAACAACUUGGGUCCAGGGCACCUAGGGAUUGCCUGAACCCGUUUAUCCCAGCUUGAUCACUUCGAUCAUCUACAGGAGGAUCCUAGGUCAUUCCCUCGGUUCACUGGGCACAUUUGACAGUGGCACAAAACUGAGCCUUUAGUGUCAUCUGCUGAGGCCUGUGGAACGACAAGAUUUAGCGUGUGUGGUCUGUUUUAAUCUUUCAAUGUUUGCUGAAAACUGUUCGGUGCAGCCAGGCUUAUGCGAGCAAUUUAAGAAAACAUCUUUCUGUACUAGUUAGCCGAUAUCUCACAUUUUAAACUUGUAUGUGGUUUCUGUUGCGUAUCUUCAUGGCUGUUAUUAGAAUACAGAGGUGAAGUAUAUGGGAUUUCAGUCUGCGUUUGCUGACUUGGAACUUACUAGGAGGGUUACGGACCCAAGGAGCCAUUAGCCAAUAUUCCCACCCCAUUCCUGAGGACCCCCACAACUCCUGGCCUCACUUUCCUCUCCUAAGUUACCCCCUCCCCGAGCACGAUUAGCACAAUUUGGAAAUGGCAGGGCUUAGUUAGAGAAUCAUCCAACUAAAGCAUUUUAAAAAGGUUUAAUUCCAGACAAUACACUUGUUAAAUAAGAAUGCUGCUUCUUAUCAAAUCUCAGUGCAGAUGACAUUUUUGGGGGGUGGGGGGAAGAGCACCUUCCCCCAUUUGAACCCACUCAGCGGCUUCGAUUGGUGGAACUGGCACUGUUACAAGUGCUGCAUAACAUCUGUUCUGCACUUGCAAUAACUCGGUCUUUUAGUGUGGCGGCACCUGCACUUUGGAACUCCCUGCCUGUUGAGAUCAGGCAGGCACCUACUAAAAACAUUUGUGUUUAGACAAGCCUGUCUAGAUGUUCUAUAAAGUUCGUGUGAGUUUUAAUUGGUUUUUUAGUCUAUUGUUUAACUCUUCAAAAGUUUUCAAUUAUUGUUGUUCAUUUUCCUUAGUGAUAAUUUUAUUGUUUUAUAUUUUUUAAGCCGCUUUGAGGUUUGUGGAUUUAUUUAUUUUUUACUAUCAAUCUGUGUAUAUAUAAAUAGUAAAGAACAAUAUUUAUAAAUAGUAAAGAGCAAUAUUUAUUGAAGGAACCGCAGGAUAAUUUUAUUUAGCCAGCUAUUUUCUUACAUUGAAAUCCAACCUUUCUUCCCUCAUGAAAUCCCAGGUGGGGCACUCAUCCAGCCAUUAGCCUUAGCAGAGGGGUGGCCUUGUGGGCCUUCAAACAGACCCUGGGACAAAAACAAUUAAAUAAUACAUUUUCUAAGCUGCCAUCCAUUGUAGAAGCAAAGACCAACUCUGUUUGUCUGUAGUUAUCAAUUCACUAUUGUGGGAGCAAUUCGCAGUCCAGAAAAGUCUCAAACAUUUGAAUAAAUAGGCAAGUGUGUCCUUAAUUCUUAACCCUGCUGAAUUAAAUUGUUCUCCCCGAUUAAAAUGAAUUGUUUCCCACCAUUUAUUUAACUGGCAGGGCAAGCCUAUACAUGUCUACUCAAAAGUAAGCCCCAUUGAGACCGGUGGGACUUACACCCAGGUAAGUGUGAAUAGGAAUGCAGCCUAAAGCUUCUGUUGAUUCAACUUUAGAUGUCUGCCCUUCCUUGUCAUUUUUUUAUAUGACUCUGGGGACCACCUGGACCACUGACAAGUCUCCAGACCAUAGUUUUGUCCUCCCACAUAAUGUGGGUUUAUAAAUAGCUUAAAAACAAUCCUCUACCAGGGAUGCUUUAGCUGAGAUUCCUUCAUUGCAGGGUGUUGGACUAGAUGACCCCUGGGUCCCUUCCAAACCUAAGAUUCUACAAUUUCUCCUAGCCUGUGCUGCUUCAUAACACUAUAUUUUCCCUACAGUAAAGGGGUUAAUUGUUUGGUACUGCCUCCCAUUUUUUUUUAAUAUAAUAACAAUUUGAUGGUUACCCUAAAAGGCUACCCAGGUCAAAAGCUGAUUAAAAUGAAUUUGGGGUGAGGUGGGGGAAUUGACUGCAGGUUCAAGGCAUUGGAGGUUGAAAUGGCCCCAGCCUUUUUGAUACUGACUAGAAUUAUGUUGAAACAAUUAAGGCAAAGAGACCUUAACCAUUAAAUCAUCAGUUUCUCACAUUUACAUCCCACCUUUCUUCCAUCAUGGGCCGAAAGGGAAGACCUGGUCAUCCAUUUAGGCACUGACCUGACCCAGGCAAAGUGGUCAGCAAGAAGUGUGUCUUCAGACCAUACCCUAGCAGUUUUUGAUCUGAAAGGGAAGAUGUAUGAGGAAGGGAUUAGGGGUCUGUGAAUGGCAUCAAGACAAGGUCAUUAUGGACUCCAAAUACCACCCCUGUCUAGUUGUGCUCCAUAAACAGUCAUGCUGAAUACAAUGUCAUUAUCUUCUUAUAUGCAUAAAAAUGUAAGGCUGUGGUCAUGCAGCCACCAUUUGUGCUGCAUCACAAUCCGGGAUUUUCACACCAAAAAAAUGGGAUUGGGAAAGUGAAAAGCGAGCUUAGUAGCUACAUAGGGUUGGAAAGGGAAGCUGGGGAGGGGUUAAUGUGAGGGGAAUAGUAGCAGGGGCUUGGCUGUGUGUGUGUGUGUGUGUUUAUUACAUGAAACGGGAGCCAUGGUUAAAUUAAUCUCCUGUGUUUUUUUAAUUGUGACUAAACUGGAGAGUAUUUGACCCCCAAAUCAAGUUAGUGAAGUGAUGAAAGUGUUAAGAAUGACUUGGUCCUUUCUUAUUUUAUUACUCCUCCUCUGUGAUUGGAUCAUCGCCCUCUUUGGCUCUCGCCUGAGGCUAGGGCUGAGGUGCCCGUCAUUUGGGGAGCCGGGAGUGGGAAUGUGUUUUUCCUUCCCAGAGGUGUGAGGAUGUCUUUUGCCACCACGGCCAGUCCUACCCCACCAUAACCACCUCUCUCCCUCUUCUUUUGCUUUCCCCGCAGGAUGGCGGAGCCGCGCUUUAACAACCCCUACUUCUGGCCACCCCCUCCCACGAUGCCCAGCCAGGUAAGAACCUGUUCUCCAAACAUGCAAGGUUUUCUAGCCUUACAAAUAAGUCCUCUAAAGUUUCUAGUCCACACAUACCCCCAGAUCUUCAGAGGAGCAUAGGAAGCUGCCUGACACUGUGUCAGACCCCUCAGUUGGUCUAGCUCAGUAUUGUCUAGGAAGAAUAAACAGAUUUGUUGGUUUCUGUUUUUUCAUUUUUCAAGUCUUCAGUUCACAUCAUUCAUGCAUCCGUUUGAAAAUUUAUUUUUAAGAAGUCCUCCUGAAAAUCCAUCAGCAUUUUAAUGCGAAUUGCUCGUUUUUGCAAGCAGUUUUCUCCAAUAUAAUGAAUUUUUGUGUGUUCUGUUCACUAAUAUAUACAACUUUUGUACAUGUUUUUUGUUGGAGAACUUUAUUACAAAACUUGGAGAAAUGGGAAUUUCAAAGGAGUCCCUGCAUUACAGCCCACAUCUUGUUUCAAGAAGUGAAAAUUGGGUACAAGGGUUCUGUUUCUUUCUCUCUCUCUUAUUUACGUCUCACCAUGUUUAGUGCACAUACAAUUACCGUAUGUACUUUUUGAACUUUCAAUAAAGAUGUUUAAAAAGAAGAAGUGCAAAUUACCAUAUUUUUCGCCCUAUAGGGCGCACCGGCCCAUAGGGCACACAUAGUUUUUUUUGGGGGGGGGGAAAUAAAGGGGAAAAAAUUAUUUCCCCCCCCCAGGCACGGGGCUGGGGCGGGGGAAGCCCGAGCUUUCCCCAACCCCAGCCCCCAGAACAGGCUGCUAUCCGCAAGCCUUGGGAGCCUGGCGGAAACUCCCGCUGGUCUCACCAGGCUUGCAGAUAUCUGCCCAAAGCCCGGGGCGCGCUCCGCUGCGCACCCCGGGUUUCGGGCUGCAGGCUGCUGUCCGCAAGCCUUGGGAGCCCGGCGGGAACUCCCUGAAGCCCGGCGGAUAGCUUCCUGAAGCCUGGAGAGUGAGAAGGGUCGGUGCGCACCGACCCCUCUCGCUCUCCAGGCUUCAGCGAAAGCCUGCAUUCGCCCCAUAGACGCACACACAUUUCCCCUUCAUUUUUGGAGGGGAAAAAGUGCGUCCUAUAGGGCGAAAAAUACGGUAGGUAAAUCUGCAUUAAAACCCAAACUGAAUUUCUUCCUCAUCCCUAUUGUCUACACUUACUCCUUGUGGUUCGAGACGCCGAGAUUGAACUUGAGGCCUUUUGCAUGCAAAGCAGGUGCUCUAACCACUGACUGCAGCCCUUCUCCAUAUUUGCCCUAACCUUCUUGCCCACACCUUUGUCCACAAGAAAAGCACACGCUCCUCCCUUUAGUGGUUGAUAACCUUUUUGUUCUUCUUCCCCCUUCAGCUGGACAAUCUAGUUCUCAUCAACAAGAUCAAGGAGCAGCUCAUGGCAGAGAAGAUCCGGCCCCCACACCUGCCCCCGACUUCCGUGUCUUCCCAGCAGCCUCUGCUGGUGCCCCCCUCACCUGCCGAGGGGAGCCAGUCCAUCAUGUCUAUCCCCAAGCUGCAGCAGGUCCCCGGGUUGCACCCCCAGGCGGUCCCCCAGCCCGACGUGGCCCUGCACGCACGCCCAGCCACCAGCACCGUCACAGGUAAGCCGGGGGCAAACAGGCACCGGGAAGAGGGGGCAGUCCCAAACUGGGACUAUGUCUAGGCAGUGAAUUUUCUGCAAGCCCAGAACAAGUGUGUGCUUUUUGAGCAGCUUGUGAUAUUAUGUGUACACACACUUGGCACAACCGCAUCUUAUUCCCAUUUAACUUGCGCAAUUUCAACCAUACAUGGUUGAAGGCCAGCUGGUUGAAAUCCUGCAAGAUAAAUGCAAGCAAGGCAGAGAGCUCCAAAGGCAGAGGGCCUUCUCGGUAGUGGCGCCCGCCCUGUGGAACGCCCUCCCAUCAGUUGUCAAGGAAAUAAAAACUAUCUGGUUUUUAAAAGACAUCUGAAGGCAGCCCUGUUUAGGGAAGUUUUUAAUGUUUGAUGUUUUAUCGUGUUUUUCAUAUUCUGUUGGGAGCCGCCCAUAGUGGCUGGGGAAACCCAGCCAGAUGGGCAGAGUAUAAAUAUUAUUAUUAUUAUUAUUAUUAAGCUGGAAUCAGGAAGACCAAAAUUUUAAUAAGGAAUGGAAAAUAUAUAUAAUUUACCUUAAAAAUCACUGUAAACAACUAAAAUAAUUAGUAGGAUUGGAAUGACACUUGUAGUUAAACGUUGGAAUGGAGAUUUAAUAGAACUGGAUUAACAGAGAAGAUGCAGGAGGAAAAAAAGUUAACAUAAGGACCCACAAAGGGGAGGAGGGGAAGUCCAUGGGAAUUUAUGGAUUUUUGCUUGCUUGCUUGCUUGAUGAUUGUUUGUAAAUUUGAAAAAUGAAUUUAUCCAUCUAUCUAUCUAUCUAUCUAUCUAUUUAAUUUAAAAAAGCUUUAAGCUGGGGGCACUGGUUCUGGGAGUGCUGGAUGUUCUCUUUCUCUCCCUCCCUGCCACCUGCUAGCCAUGGGGGGCUGCUCCAAUGGUUUGGGUAAGAUGCAAUCAUGCUGUAUUCCGAAGCUCAAGCUUGUGCCUUACCAGUGAGAGGAGACGCCUCUCUCCUAAGACCAGAACGUGUGAACAUCCGGUGAAUCUGAAUGUUGGAAGAUUCAGAACAGAGAAAAGAAAGGACUUUUCCCACACAGGGCGUAGUUAAACUACGGAACUCCCUCCCACAGGAGGGAGCGAUGGCCACUAACCUGGACGGUUUCACAAGAGACAAAUCCACAGAGGAGAGGGCCAUGGGUGGCUGCCAGUCACAAUUGCUACGCUCUGCCUCCACAUUCGGUGCUGGCAAAUGCUUAUGAACCACUACUACUCUGAGCUGUUGCCAAAGACCUUCCCCCUCAGCCUUCCUGGCAUGUUCUGGGGCUUGUCUUAAGCUGUCCUCUCCCUCCGCCCCGGCUUCUGUCUUCCAGGUUUGGGUCUGGGGUCCCGCGCCACGGCCGUCAGCACCUCGGAAUCCAGCGCUGGGACGGGCACCAGCACCCCCUCCACCCCCACCUCCACCACACAGAGCCGUCUCAUUGCCUCUUCGCCCACCCUCAUCUCAGGGAUCACCAGCCCCCCACUCUUGGACUCCAUCAAGACCAUUCAGGGUCACAGCCUGCUGGGGGGAGCACCCAAGGCAGAGCGCGGCCGCAAGAAGAUCAAGGCAGAGAACCCCACAGGGCCCCCCGUCCUGGUGGUGCCCUACCCCAUCUUGGCUUCGGGCGACAUCGGCAAAGAGGGGAAGACGUACAGGUGCGUGGGAGGGAAGGGGUUAACACUCUGUCGCCAGCGUGGGGUGGGGAGACCUCAGGCCCCUUAGCAUGGCGGGGGGUGGACUAGAUGGCUCUUGGGGGUCCCUUUCAACUCUGUGAUUCUGUGUACAGAAAUAGGGUCAAUGGUAUCUUCAAAAUGGAUAAAAAGAGGGGUUUUCAGUUAUGAAAUCUCAAGGUUUCAACACGAUCUGUUAGCAAACAAUAUAAAAUUACUGUCAGAAAUGUACAGAUUGAUGUUGGAAUGGCAUGCAAAGGAUGAACAGGUUUAAGACCGGAAAGCUCAGGAACCAAGAAGACCAAAACUUUAAUAAGGAAUGGGGAAAAUGUAUAAUUUAUCUUGGAGACCACUGUAAACAGAUGAAAACAUUAGCAGGAUUGCAAUAACACUUGUAAUGUAACGGGUAUUGUGGAGAUAAUGAAGUUAUUAAAAAAAAUGGAGUACAGAAAAAGAUGCAGUAUAAAAGUUUUAAUAACAGAACCCCUAGAGGGGAAGGUGGGAAGUCAGAGAUUCGGAGGAAUCUCUUAAUUGUGGAUAUGUGUUAGGUUAUUGUUUACAAUUUUAUACUUGUAAAAUCAAAUGAAAAUUAUGUCAGGAAGAGGGUCACUGUUCUUGGACUGUGCCAGUUUAAACUCGAGAUAGGAGGAUGGGUGCAGCUCAGCGGUGGAGCAGCUGCUUUGUGUGCACAAGGCCCCGGGUUCAACCCGCAAUGGCAUCUCCAGGGAGGGCUGGGAAUGCCCCCUGCCUGGAAAAAAGCCCGGAGAGCUGCUUUCAGUCAGAGUAGAUAAUACUGAGCUCUAUGAACCAAUCAGUGAGCAGGAGGAGACACUCCCACCAAUGGGCUUUGGGUGGGUGGGGCCAGCCACUUUUCAGUCAUGUGAUGCAGUAAGGAUGCUGCAUUAUUGACAGAUGGGCGGCUGACCUCUCAAAUUUGACCAAUCCUGAUGAUGGUCUGACCCAUGGAGCUGGAAAUAGCUUCCCACCCAUGGUGUGGAGAGGAAAUGCCUCCGAGAAGUCCAAAAGCGGCAGCUUGUUGGAUGUGCUUGCUAGGGAGCUGCUGCCAGUCGGAGUAGGCUACAGUGAACUAAUGAGCCACAACUUUCCUGCUCAGACAGACCUUUAGAAACCAAGGAGCAGGUGAUGCUGGCCACUAGUCUGCUGUCAGGGCAGCUUACAUUUUUAUUCCUGGUUCUAAAUGUGUUUAGGCGUAUUUUAAUGGAUGUUUUUAAACUGGGUUUUUUUAAAAAAAAUACUUUCUAUUUUAUAAUGAUGUUUUGUGACGCUGGAAGCUGCCAUGAAUCCCAACUUGGGAGAAAGGCAGGAUAUCUAUAUACAGUGGUACCUCGGGUUACAGACGCUUCAGGUUACAGACGCUUCAGAUUACAGGCUCCGCUAAGCCCGAAAUAUUACCUCAGGUUAAGAACUUUGCUUCAGGACGAGAACAGAAAUUGUGCUCCAGUGGUGCAGCGGCAGCGGGAGGCCCCAUUAGCUAAAGUGCUGCUUCAGGUUAAGAACAGUUUCAGGUUAAGAACAGACCUCCAGAACGAAUUAAGUUCUUAACCCGAGGUACCACUGCAUAGAAUCAUGGAAUGGCAGAGUUGGAGAGGAUGCCAAAGGUUAUCCUGUCCAAGCCGCUGCACUGCAGGAAAUUGAAGAUAUUAAGUAAAGAAAUAGAUGAUGAUAGUGACUAUGUUUUGAUGCAGAAUUGUGUCUUUGAAACGCCUCCCCCUUCUUGUCCUUGACCGUCUCCAGGUGUAAAGUCUGCCCCCUCACUUUCUUCACCAAGUCGGAGAUGCAGAUCCACUCCAAGUCCCACACAGAGGCCAAGCCCCACAAGUGCCCCCACUGCUCCAAGUCCUUCGCCAACGCCUCCUACCUGGCGCAGCAUUUGCGCAUCCACCUGGGCGUCAAGCCCUAUCACUGCUCCUACUGCGAGAAAUCCUUCCGCCAACUUUCCCACCUCCAGCAACACACCAGGUAAGGGACCUGCUUAUGCUCGCUGGGAUCAGUCGACUGGGUUGCCAUUUUGGGUGAGCAUGGGAAGCAAAGAUGGCCACCAGAAACUGGAAAUCCUCCUUUUCAUUAACAAGAACAAGGUUAAGUAAAAAAGCAAGCCUUUAGUCCUCAUGGCUUGAGUUAGUGUGUGUCAAAUGGCACACACACACACCCCACUUCUUUGACCAGAAACGUCAGAAUAAAUUGACGCAUAACAGUGCACAUUUUUCAGGAUUUGUUUCCUACUUGAUAGAUUAAACCAGCAGUUCUUAACUUGGUUAAGGUAGGAUUUUAACAUAUACGAAAUGUUUUUUAAUAUGCCUGUAGAUAUGGAAUUGUUUUAUGUACCAUACCUUUCAAAACCGUCCUGAUUUGCAGCCACUAAUUUCACCAUUUCCUAAUGUGAAAUUGCUGUGAGAUAUUUUGCGGGAGGCGGUUUGUGAACUAAAUCAGGUAAGUGAAGCAAUGGAGGAGAGGUGGAAAACACCUCAGCGUUCUCUCUUGCUGCCUUUCAGAAUUCACACCGGAGACAGACCCUACAAGUGCCCUCACGCCGGAUGUGAAAAGGCAUUCACACAGCUCUCGAACCUCCAGGUCAGUCGGUUGGGAAUUCAGGUGGUAUGUGCCAGGGAAGUGAAUUGGAAGUCCCAGAGUGGGUCAAAGCAUUUGAGGGUUAGAGAUAAUUGGGGUGCAUUUAUAGGGUGACCUGUGUGGCAAGACGGGACUGAGGUUUUCCUGUGCAGAAUAUUUAUGUAUCUCAUGCCGCAAACACCCAAAAAAAUUGUCUUGAUGGUCUGCUGAUCUAGCCUAGUCCUCUGCUUCCAACAGCAGACAGCCAGAUACCUUUGGGGGCUCAAAUGUUUGUCCUGCAGCUUCUGAGGUUCAAAAGUAUAUUGCCUCUAAAGACGGAGGUUCUACUUAGUUGCUGAAGAUAAUAGCAAGUGAACAUUAUUACCUGCUUUGGGACCUUGGUGUGAAAGGCAGGUAAAUAGCUUUAUGUAUGUAUGUAGCAGAGAGUAAAAUGAAAUUGGCAUCAACAUUUUAAAAGUUGCAGUCAUGUCACAAACUCCAGAGGAAAAUGACAAAAUGCCUGGGGUCAGUUCCUGGUGAUUCUUUUGUUCGCUGCAGCACAGAACCCAUGUGGGUUAAGAGUGCCGGACUCAGGUUCAAAUCGCUCCCCCCACACUGGGUGUGACCUUGGGGGCCAGCUGGUAUAUCUCAGCCUAAGCAACUUUGCAAGGUUGUUGUGGGGAGGGGGAGAAGCAUGUAUGCUCCCUCGAGAGCUAUAAAUGCAAUUGGUCAGUCAGAACUUGGCCACACUGAGAGCGAGAGGCAUCUUGAUCUGAGCUGGGUGAAAGGGUGCAAGUCUCAUCUGACUGCCCUGCUGCAGAUUUAGCAAGGAGGACCAAAGAUUUUGCAGAGAUCUCAGUGAAAGUAGUAGUGUAGGAGGACUUGGGUCUUCAGAGUCGCAAUGGGGGGGGGUACCUUGGUUGUUGGUGGCGGUGGGGCGGCUUUUUGUUUAAGGAACUUCCCCACCCCACCCCCAGGACGUCUGAGGGCUGCCAUGUCAAUCUCCUGUUCCUUCCUGCCCCUUUCCCACCCAGUCUCACCAACGGCAACACAACAAGGACAAGCCCUACAAGUGUCCGAACUGCUACCGGGCCUACUCGGACUCUGCCUCGCUCCAGAUCCACCUGUCGGCACACGCAAUCAAGCACGCCAAGGCCUACUGCUGCAGCAUGUGUGGGCGGGCCUACACUUCAGUGAGUAGCAGGGGCUUUUGGCUGGGCAGGAAGCAAGGCAGGUGGGGAGUGCGAGAGACACGAGUUCAAAUCCCCCCACGCACUGGGCAUGAAGUCCACUGGGGGUGGCCUUGGGGGGGAGGUCAGUUGGCCGCUCUGGGCCUAACCCAGCUCGCAGAGUUGUUGUGAGGAGGAAAAUGCGUCAGAGUAGCCAUCAAUAGCUUUAUGUCCUCCUUGAAUUGGUCCAGUCCUCUUUGAAAGCCAUCCAAGUUCCAUAGUUGUCAGGACAAUACUUGAGUCGGGAUAUUGUGGGGUGUGGGUGCACAGCUUACUUUAGUUUUCUGCUUGGUGAUUGCGGGGUGGAGGUGUUUCUCCCCUAGCUGCCCUGUGGGAAACUGUGGCGGGCCAGGAGAUCCCCUCUGUAGAUCAGGCCGAUCCCCAAUCUCCCCCAAAGCAUGCUGUGGGAGCAGGUCAGGGUGGAGGUGAAGGGAGGACCCAGACAUGCUGAAAUGAAUCUACGUCACCGUAGAGGGGGGGGGGGCAGCCGCUUCCUGCUUCCCCGAAACUGACCUUCCCUUUCUCCCUCUCCAGGAGACCUAUUUGAUGAAGCACAUGUCAAAACACACGGUGGUUGAACAUCUAGUGAGUCAACACUCUCCUCAAAGGACGGAGUCUCCCAGUAUCCCUGUCCGAAUCUCGCUCAUCUGAAUCUCGGGGAGCAGCCUCCACCCCCUGGCCUGGCCCCGCUCCCGUGCAGCCACCCCCUCUUGAAUCCCAGAAGCGGGGAGCAAAAGACAAGGACACCUUGGCAUCACGGUCAAACAACCCACGGUCCCUGCUCCGCAGCGCCCCUCCUGCCAUGGGGUGAUCCUCAUCCGCCACCAGUCAGGACAGAGAGAGAGAGAGAGAGACUGGAUGGAGCCCUGUUGGCAGCCAGGGAGACUGGGGAGGGGAAAGAGAUUUUUCGUUCCAAGUUGGUGGCAGCCAAAGACAAUCCCAGAGCACUUUGAAGACGUCCACACCUCUCCCUUCCCUGUAACAGAGCCUCUGCCCCAGUCACAGGCCCCCCCCUUCUUUCAUUUUGGAUCCCCACUUCUCUCCCCUCCAAAAUCCCUGUUCUACUUUAAUUUUGCAUAGGAAAAUUGUCACCCAACGGGCCAGGAAUUUGCAAUGCAGAUAACGGGGAGCCGGCCCCCUUCAGGACUCUUCUCUGGAGCCGUUACAGGACCGCCUUGGCCAAAAAUGGGGCAGCGUGGGGUUAUCGCUGCAGGGGGGGGACGGGCACCCCAGGAGUGGCCUUUGGCUAAGGUGGGCACGGUGGGAGGUGAGGAGUCUCAGAUGCUGCAACAUCACAUGGUCAGGACCCAUUGCACCAGUGUUGGUGCAAAGGAUUACAUCAAUGCUCAGAGGCUAUGGGGUUUGCCGCUCCUUCGGCUAGGAGGUGGAAGGGAGUGGGCUGUUGUCCUAGAAAUAGAUGAGGGGGCACCUUCGGAAUAUGGUUGGGAGACACACUGCAGCAGGGGGGAAGAUGGCAAGAGACUGGCAGUGUUAUGCCCAUUCAGAAGUACAGAAGGCUUUGUCUGCCCAUCACAGUCUUGAGGCACUGUGCGAAAGCCUGCCCCCUGCAGCGCCAUCCUUGUGUAUGAGUAGCCCCCAGCCCUUCUGUCAUUGUAUGGAAAAGGAGGGGGGCUGGGUCUCUUCUGCAGGGAGGAAAGGUGGGCAUUGACCUGCUCCUGGGUAAUGCUGCCAUUCGGCUCACCCACAGUAAGAUGUGCCAGUCCAUUUCUCCCAUCUCUGCAGAGGGCUGUCAGCUGGCAGAAGCAAAGCCCCAAGGGUGUUUUGGGACAGAAGACAGGUGGGGGUUGGUUCUUGAUCCUGGCUGCCCUACCCUUCAAGACCGCUCAAGGCACCACCUUGCAACCUCUCCAAGGAUGUCUCCAGCACUGGUGGGCAGGGCUGGAAGAGCCUAGGGUUCUCCCGGGGCGUGCCCACAGCAUUGGUGGGUGGGGGGCACAGGUUCCUCCCUAGCCCCAGAAUAGAAACAUAAGCAAGUUGCUCAUUACAAUUUCCAUUUGAACAUGGCCAUAGCAGACACAUAUUUGCAGAAUGGGUGGGAUUGUCAUCCUUCUCCAGUUGCUGUCGUUUGAGGGGGGUUGAUCCCCUUGCACCAAGAUCUAGGGGGAUUAGAGAGUUUUUUUUAAAAAAUCCACACCAGUAUUCCAGAAAAUUCUGGGAUUUCCAAGGGCUCAUUUGUUUGCAAAGCCACGUUCCGUUGCCCUGAGAGGGUUCAGCUUCCUCGUGACCCCAGAGGACUGAGCACCUCCCCUAAAACUAAAACCUCCCCUAAGCAAGUAGUCUCUGGAAGCCCCAUUGAGUGGAAGGGUCCAUGGGGUUCAGAAAAUCUGCAAACCACAGCAACACAGAAAGUGUGGUGUGAUCCUCUGCGACUCUUAUCUCCUGUUUUCCUCCAAUUCCUGUCAAAUGGGAAAAACGCCUUUUAAAGCUUUAUUGCUACACUAGAUUUGCUACCCAAGAUCGGAAGCAGAGGACAACAUUGCAGUUUCCUUUGAUUGGGGCGGGUGGGGGGAAGCCUGUCAAAUGGGACUUCUUUUUCACUUGCUAUGUUUUGGCCAUUUCCAGUUUUCCCAGAUGCUACACGUGUCCCCGACUGCUUCAGCUCCAGCUCUCUCUCCACCCCCACUGCCAUGAGUCAACCGGUCAUCUCUCUGUGGCCACCCCAGUGGCUGAGGAGAGGCCAUGGCCUCCUGGGUGCUGUAAAGAAGAACGGCUCAAAGCGCCAACAGGAUGGCACCCUCUCUGGCUCUUAAGGUCUUCUGUGGCUCCUUGGAUAGCUGUGAAGAGACACUGGCAUGAUGCCAACUGCUCUCGCCCCAGGAGCCCAUCACCAAAAGAGAAAGUAGCUUUCUGAGGUGGUGCUGUACCUCUCUCAAACUAAGUUCUCUUGGCAGUUUCUCUCCAAGUGCAAGGGAAAGGGGCCACAAAACUUCCCCAAACAACAAGACUUAAAAACCACCUCUAUAUUAUGUACCCUUCAGUUGCGUUAAAAAACAAAAACGAACUACUUUUUUUUAAGAUAAACUUUUUAAGCCUUAAAAAUAUAUAAUUUUGUUUUUUAUCAGUUGUUUCUUUUACUGUUUGUAUUUGAUUUGAUCUUUUCCUUUUUUAAAAAAACAAAACCCUGUUCCCUUUUCAGUCGGUUUUGAAUUGUUGUAUGAUAUUCAAUAUUGUAGCCUCUCUUUUUUUGAUCCGCAUGUUAAUAACUGUGUAAAUAGGACUCUUAUGCAUAAUGUUAACAACUUUUUUCUAUAUAAAGAAGCCCAGGCCGCAUCUAGCUAGAUCCUUAGUUAUUAUCAUUACCUUAUAACUGAAAAAGGAAUUUUUAAAAAAGUUUUUUUAAAGGGUCUCUCCCUCCCACCCCUUCCCUUCAAAGAAAAGUCUUGCAUUGUGGAAUCCGGGACUGGUGAGAGGAGGCAACUUCUGCCUCGCUGCCAAACGCCAUUUGCAUUGUUUUGAAAUGAAAUGGGGGAAAGAAGGAAAAAUAAAUAAAAAAUUGCUUUGUAUUUCUCUGUUGUGGAAAAAAGAUAAUAAAAGCGUCUUUGCAACCUUGGGCUGGAUUGGAAAGUGUACCAGUCUUCUGACUAAGGGUUUUUAAAAUAAAAAAUGAGAUGAACAGGGAUACUUGGUGAGUAUUUGGGACACCAGACAUGUAAUGUGAAGUAACGUAUUUUUCGCUCUAUAACACGCACCCGACCAUAACACGCAUGUAGUUUUUAGAGGAGGAAAACAAGAAAAAAAAA